AUGGAAGCUCGGAUUUUGCAAUCUUCUUCUUGCUGCUUUUCAUCUCUCAACACUGCUUUCUCCUCCGGUUCCGUCAAUCGAUACCGUUUCUCCUCCAUUGCAUCAUCCCCGAAACCUCUCUCGAUCAGCUUUCCUCAGAGGACGAGAACAACAAGGGCUCCUUUUGUUUUAUCCAUGUCGAAGAAAGAUGACGGCACCGAUAAAAAUGACGACAUCAAGAAAGAUGACGACACCGAGAGUCUCACUUACAAAGAUUCUGGUGUUGAUAUCGAUGCUGGAACCGAGCUCGUUAGACGAAUCGCAAAGAUGGCUCCUGGAAUCGGCGGAUUCGGUGGUCUCUUCCCACUAGGUGAUUCAUUUCUGGUAGCUGGUACGGAUGGUGUAGGGACUAAGCUUAAGUUAGCAUUUGAGACCGGAAUUCAUGACACCAUAGGAAUCGACUUGGUUGCUAUGAGUGUGAAUGAUAUUAUUACCUCCGGUGCGAAGCCUCUGUUUUUCCUGGAUUACUUUGCUACUAGCCGUCUCGAUGUAGACCUUGCAGAAAAGGUUAUUAAAGGUAUUGUUGAUGGUUGUGGACAGUCGAACUGUGCUCUCUUAGGUGGAGAGACUGCAGAGAUGCCUGAUUUUUAUGCAGAGGGCGAGUACGAUCUAAGCGGGUUUGCAGUAGGCAUAGUAAAGAAAGAAGCUGUGAUUAACGGGAAAAACAUUGUUGCUGGAGAUGUUCUUAUUGGCCUCCCUUCUAGCGGAGUUCACUCCAAUGGGUUCUCUUUAGUAAGGAAGGUCGUGGCUCGAAGCGGUCUUUCACUGAAAGAUGAGCUUCCAGGUGGGUCUGGUACUGUUGGUGGAGCUUUAAUGGAACCCACUGUCAUUUACGUGAAUCAGGUACUUGACUUUAUAAGCAAAGGAGGUGUUAAGGGGUUAGCUCAUAUAACCGGUGGAGGUUUCACAGACAACAUUCCCCGAGUUUUGCCGGAUGGUUUGGGCGCUGUUAUUCACACUGAUGCUUGGGAACUUCCACCAUUGUUCAAAUGGAUCCAACAGUCUGGGAGUAUAGAAGACAGUGAGAUGCGAAGAACGUUUAACCUGGGGAUAGGGAUGGUAAUGGUGGUUACUCCGGAGGCAGCUUCGAGAAUACUUGGAGAAGCUGAGAAUGGAGACUAUGUUGCUUACCGCAUUGGAGAGGUUAUAGAUGGUGAAGGCGUUACCUAUCAGUAG